AUGAAAAACUACAUUGCUUUGGCUGUGCUGCUUUGUGCUGUGGCAUCACUCACACAUGGAUUUUGUAUGGUCAAACCAGCUUUACCACGAGAACGUGACCUGGACCCGGGCGCAGCGCAGCCCGGACCAUCCUCCUGCUUUGGCGGCUUUGACCUCUACUUUGUUCUGGACAAGGAACACAUCCGUAAAGGACUGGAGGAGCUGCAGGUCGUCCUUCCAGGGGGGGGUACGUUCAUGCACGAGGGGAUUCUCAAGAUCAUUCACGAGCCACCUCCACCGCCUGCAGAGGAAAGCUCGCCCCCCAAGCAUCAGCCCGCCUGCUCCACUGGGUACUCUCCCUCCUGCACCCAUGGGACCUCCACCAUACACCGCUGCCCCCAGCCUACCCCUGAUAAAAUCAAACGGCGCAGCUUCAGCCUUUGCCCCUCCCACCACACUUCCUCCUUCUCCAUCAGGACCACCACCAGGGCGAGCUCCGCCUCCCUCCCGUCCACCACCGCGCCCCGGACUCUAGAACAGUCACAGCAUCAGUUAUUAUUGAUUGUAGCAAAGAAUAUGCAAGUGGGCGCUGCAGGACAAGAGGAAUCCGAAUUUGAUUUGUUCCUGGCAUAA